AUGUCCCCACCAACCACUAACACCGGCCUUGUCCCCACCCUCCCCGCGUUCAGCAGCCGCACCCAGCUCCCCAACCACCCCCAUGGGCUUCGCCUCCACCCUGCCCGCUUCCCUCUCCCACUGCCGGCCGGGGCACACCUUCCCGCCCUUCACAAGCCGCCGCCUGCCAUUGGUCGCCGAGUUGCUACCCUGCGUGAAGUGGAGCACCCCAUUGGCUCGAAGAUUAAAAUGGAACGCAAGGUGUCAAAAGCGAGAAGAAAAACAGUGCGAGGAAAGCGAAAUACCAGCAGGAGUCCGAGAAGGCGAGGGGUAGAGAGUGGAGACACCAACGGGAGUGAGAAAAGGCCCAGUAUGGAGAGCUCUGGAGAAUGCACCAGCCCCUACACAGAUGCUAGUCCAAGAUUUAUGGCGAUGCUGCAGGAAGUGGAACCUCGUGUGGCUCGUCGCCGCCUUUCUCAGGCUCGACAUCGUGCAAAGCUGGCAGGUCUUUUCAAUCACCUACGAGAUACAGUAUGUCCUCUUUCCAAAAGGACCAAAAGAACAACUUCAAAAUGGCAGGUAUUACGCAAGGCAAAGAACUAUAUCCUGGAUUUAGAAAGAAAGCUUGAAAAUCUGCUGAAACUUAAAGAAACAUAUCAUUUGAAAGAUGGUCAGCCAUCAAGCCUGGAAGAAGUAAAAGAACAAUAUAUUGGUUACUACAAGGAGCACAGUGACAUGGCUUCAACAAACCCUCCUGGUAAGACAAGAGUCAGUCUUUGGCAGUGGCUGAGAGAAUAUAGAAGUCAUCCCACGGAGAAUGAUGUGAAAUCAGUCUGUUCUCAGUCUCCUGUGAAAUCCUCAACAGAACUCCUAGAAUUUGAAGGUUACCUGAACUUUUAUAAAGAAACGGUGGACCUUUUGGUGGAGAAUAGGAUUGUAUCCAUGGAACAGAUCACCCUCCCUAUUGUAUCAAAAGCAAUUUCUCACCUCUGGCAGGAAAUGUCUGUAGAGGGGAAGGCAGACAUCUUCAAAAAAUGCUCUCAAAGGGUGUGUUUCUCCCCAGGCGAACAAUUCACCUUGCAGAUACCUUUUCCAAUGGACUAUUCUGCAAGGGACCGAGCCUUAGACAGCCAGGGAGCAAGUGGUUCUUCAGAAUCCAAUCACGAUGAGAUGCUCUUUGAAGAUGCAUUUGAUUUAGCUUCAGGAUUCCUCGUAAAACCAGAGCUGAAUACACUGACAGGAAUAAAAGAGGAAAGCAGCUCUAUCUUCACUCAUGUCUCCUCCAAAAACCCAGAAGAGACCUGUGUGCUGUACAAGGAAAUAAUUAAUUUUGUGAUGGCUCGAUCUGAUACAGUCACACUCCAUUCACAGGAAAGUUCUCCAAACCUUGAUGAUGAGACAGUCCUCCUGAGAUGCACAGAAACAUUUGAUGAUGAUCUUUAAUUUAUGGAACUUCUGCAGAAA